AUGUCAACGGCAGUUGCAUCCGUGACGGCAGCUCCAUUGUCCUCACCACAUACCACCCGCGACCCAAGUCCGAAGAACUGCCCGACCUUGGCGCCGCCAGCCGGCGUCCCGGCGAAUUCCUCCCCUUCGCGCAUGUCGACCACAUCUCAAGAUGGACCGGCCAGAGGCACACCCGAGCGGAUAGAUCCAUCAUCUCCGUCUCAGGGUAGCACCGGCCCAAGGAUUACCGUGAAGAAGGAACCGCCAUCGUCGCCGCGCAUGCAGAGUCGCCCUCGGCCCCGAAAGUUGGAUUUGUCGACCAGCCUUCCGUCUUCCAGUGGCCUCCAGGUGCGUCCACCGGGAGGGCCCAUGACCGCUCGGGAAGGUUUCACCAUGCAAAAUGUGGGACUGGCCUGCCUGUCGCCCGGCUUCCAGACACAUGAUCCGGUGAUGAGAGAACAGCUACAGCGCAGUAUGUCAGUACGGGAACAGCAGCGGUCAAUAAUCGAGGCGCGGUUACAGAAAUCGGCCAAGGAUGAAGGCCCCGAGGGAGUUAAACCGUCCGAGUCGAAGUUCAUGGCCGUACCGAAAUCCGGUUCUAAGCGACGCCCUCCUGGUCUUUCUAUCGUCCCCCCUUCUGCUUCCCAGUUCGCCAAUGAGCGGGUGAUUCAAUCAGCUCCGUUGAACCAGACUUUCACUGGUCGGUAUCAACCUCAACCAUUGACCCGCCAUAUCGUCAACCAGAGCCCGACGCUAGGCUCGACAUCGCAUAUGCACCACAUUCCCGCCACUCAAACCAACAAUCGCCUUCCUCCUCUCUCCGAUGUCUUUGGAUCAGAUACACUGGGUGGUCGGGACCGUGAUCGGGAUCGCCCCAGUCUGUACCCUAAUGCAUCCAGCAGCAACUCCUCCCAGUCAAACCUAGCACCCCUACCAUCCCCCGGUCUGCCCGGUAACAUGUCCCAAACACCUACCAGGCCACGGGAAUACCGCUCCGCCGAGGAGGCAGUUCAGGAGAUGUCCGGUGGACGGGAAGAGCUGCUUCCCCGCAUCGUGCACUACGGCGGUCACCAACCUCCUACUCCCCCGUCGCCCCAUGCUGGCUAUAUGGCCCCCAAGACCGCACCGUUGGUCAGUGAACCAGCCCCCAGCGCCCCUCCGGCCCAUCCAAUGUACUCUACCGAUGCCACUGCUCGCCGUCGUCCCCGGAGUGAAUAUGAGCAGGACAAUGGAAGCCCGCCCCUAGGCCAUGGUCCCGAUCCUCACGGCAGACCCAAUCCUGCUGCGACGAUGGGGCCCAACUCCACCUUCCCCGGUCCGUUUGGCGCAGGCAGGGACUCGCCAGAGACUCAGCGGAGAAAGAAGGAAGAGUUUUUGGGCCUGUGUGCCCGCGCUUGGGAUUUGUUCCACUCUUGA